AUGCGAGCCGCAACAGGCCAUAGCCCACAGCUGACCACGCACACUGCUGGUGCGUCGUUGCCGCGGCGGAGCAGACGUGCAGUGCUGCUGCUGGUGGUGGUGCUCGUGGUGUGCGCGUGCAUGCCGGCGCGCGGCUUUCGCUUCACCGCGCGGCCCGGGCGCAAGUGUUUCACGGAGCAGCUGCAGGAGCCGGGCCGCUACGAGCUGCACUACAAGAUGGCGCGCAGCCUCACGCCGUUCGUGUCAGUCGCCGUCACCGCGCCGGGUGGGCGGGCGGUCGUCGAGCACGAUGUUGCGCGGCCGGACGCGAAGGAGAUCGUCACGAUCGACACCGCUGGCAGCAUCGCCGUCUGCUUCAACGUCGCGGAGAAGGCGCCGCUGUCGGCGUCGUCGCUGAACAUCACGCUGGAGAUCAUGGACGCCGAGGACGCGGAGCUGACGCGGCAGAAGCGGCAGAGCUACAGCACGUCGAGCCCCAUCGCCGUCGGCGUCGGCAAGGCGAGCGGGGCGAUGCAGCAGAUGCAGUACAUCUUCGACACAAUGAUGCGCAUCCGCUACGCGUACAUCAGCCUCAUGCGGGUGGACGAUGAGAUGCGGUACUCGUUCAACGACAUGGACGCGGUGGCGUGGACAUACGUGUACGUCUUCGGCGCUGUGGCGCUGACCAUCACGCUGGUGAUGUACUUUCGCCUGCGCCAGUACUUCAGGGUGCGGAAAUACAUUUAG